AUGGAAGACUGGGUCCAUCUAUUAAAAUUUGUAUGUAUACCAAAAUUGCAAAAUUUGAAAGAUGGGGCUAAAAUUAUUCAAGAAUUGAUUAAAUCAAUCGAAACAAGCUUUCGAGCGGAAACGUAUCGUAAACAACUCGUAAUGGAAUUAAGAAAUCGAGCUGAUUUAUUGCCUCCUCACAUUCAGAUGUUCAUACCUGCGGAGUGUCGGCGUCACAAUGAAAAGAAGACAAAAGCACUGUAUAAUCCAACACGGAUCAACAAUGUACGGGAACAUCGUUCUCAACAGCAGAGUAUGUAUAAACGUAACGAUUGUAAUACGUGGCCACCGGUAAAUUCGAAUCAAACAACAGUUGGUUCAACAAUAACAAAUGGAUCGAGUUGGGUUGUAAUUAAACAUCUACAAAGUGAUUUUGAAAAAAUGAAAUUGGAACACGAAAGGAAAUAA